AGAACAAGCACCGGGGCAAGCCCAGCCGGCUCAGUCGCAUGGCCAAGGCCUCGCCAGUCUCAACCACGGAAGAGAUCGCUACUGGUAUUGGUGACAAACUAGACGAGAAAAUGUCAGGCUUUGUGGAUGAUGCCAUGGCUGCUGGAAACGGGGGGUUGGUUCGUCCAGGCUGCCAACAACGGUGCCAGAACUCCGAGGGUGUAUACUCUUUCGACUCGGGAAUGAUCAAACAAAUUGGCAACAACAAUUUUCCAUGGGAAUCAGAGUUGUAUCCUUUUCAGAAACACAGGGAGACUGAGAGUCCUCGUAGCGGCAGCCAGUCGCCCAAGCUUACUCCUCGAGGCAGCGAUUUCCAGUGCGAUGUGACGGAAUUGUACACGCGCUUGUAUGCUGCUCAGCAGACCACGGACUUCAUAAGCUCAACCGAGGUGGACGCCUUGUACGAUGCAAAUCCGAAGAUCCACAAAACCAGAGACGCCGCUGCUCUAAGAGAUCGAAAAUUCACUGCCGAGGUGAUUGACGACGAUUCGAUCCCGGCCUUUGAUCUGGUCUCGGAGGUCGUAGAGGAAAGCAAGCUCUACGUCGAGCCACUCCGGAUCAUCGACUUCAAGCAGGAGUUCUUCCCAAGCUCGACGUGCACGUCGUUCCUCGUGCAGUGGGAGAACCUGUCCGUGAGGGAUGCAACCUGGGAGAGCUCCCACUUCAUCAGCGGCUAUCCGCAGCUCCUCCAGGACUUCCUCCAGCGCAGGUCGGAGCAAGGCGACAGCGUCGAGUUUUUCCGCGCCAUGGAAAACGUCAAGAACUUGAAAGGAUUCCUGGACGAUCGAAAGCAAGAAGAUGUCGCAGUAGAAACUCCGGAAGAUCAUCAGCGAGCCAACGCUCCGGAGGGAAAAAUAUCUAAAGAGAAUCACGAUCAAGACGAGGAGGACGAGGAGAACUUUAGCAGCAGCAGCGACGAUGAAGAACAAGACGAAGAAGAAGAAGAAUUUUAAACGA